AUGGCCAUCUCCUUCGCUAAGCUUCUGAUCUCCGCCGUGGCGGUUUUCAUGAUGGUUUCUGCUUCGUUCGCGACCUCGGAAAUGCCGUUCAUGGUGGUCCACAAGAAAGCUACUCUCAACAGGCUCAAAUCUGGCGCCGAACGCGUCUCCGUUUCCUUCGACAUCUACAACCAAGGAACAGCGACGGCAUACGAUGUGACGCUGACAGAUAAUAGCUGGGAUAAAGCCACUUUUGAAGUUGUUAAUGGAAACACUUCAAAAUCAUGGGAAAGACUUGAUGCAGGAGGUAUUCUGUCUCAUUCUUUCGAAUUGGAGGCCAAGGUUAAAGGACUCUUCUACGGUGCUCCUGCUCUUGUUACUUUCCGCAUUCCCACGAAGAAUGUUCUUCAGCAAGCAUACUCAACUCCACUCCUACCUCUAGACAUCCUCGCAGACAAACCUCCAACGGACAAGCUUCAGCUGAGGAUUCUGGCGAAAUAUGGAUCACUUGUUUCGGUGAUAGGCAUGGUGGUUUGUUUCAUAUACUUGGUAGCAACACCUUCAAAGUCCAACGCAGCCAAAGCGAGCAGCAAGAAGAAGCGUUAA